AUGUCCAACCUCAGGGAUGAGAAUGAAGGCUCUAUCAUCAUGUCGCUGAUAUCCCAACUACGAAUCGGCAUGGAUCUAUCAAAGGUCGCUUUCCCAACAUUCGUUCUGGAGCCGCGCAGCAUGCUACAACGCAUCACGGACUUCAUGAGUCACCCAGAUCUAAUCUUUGGAGCUGAGAACGAAGCGGACCCAGAGGAACGGUUUUUGAGAGUCCUCCGAUAUUAUAUGUCCGGGUGGCACAGAAAACCCCGGGGAGUCAAGAAACCGUAUAAUCCAACACUUGGAGAGUUCUUUCGUUGUCGCUUCGAAUACAAGGACGGGUCGAAAGGAUUCUAUAUUGCUGAGCAAGUAUCACAUCAUCCACCGAUAUCUGCGUACUUCUAUGUGUCCCCUGCUAACAGGCUCGUCAUCGCUGGAGAGCUUAGACCGAAAUCAAGGUUUCUUGGAAAUAGUGUGUCAACAAUUAUGGAAGGGGAAAAUCGGGUAGUUUUCCUGGGCAAACCCGAGGACGGCGAGUAUGUGAUUUCCAUGCCCAACAUGUACGCUCGAGGCAUACUGUUCGGGAAGAUGGUGCUUGAGCUCGGUGAUACGAGUGUUGCACGAUGCAAGAACACUGGCCUAUCUUGUGAAAUCAACUUCAAGACCAAGGGCAUGUUCUCAGGGACAUACAAUGCUGUAAGUGGCAAAGUCAAAAAGGAUGAUGGCUUCGAAGUGGGAGAAGUCAGUGGAACAUGGAGUCAGAGUAUGCAAUUUAAGUCAGCCCGGGGAAACACUCGGACAUUAUUUGAUGUUGUUGCUGAGGGAAAGGACCUUCCGAGAAUGAUUAUUUCCUCUGAAGAAGAGCAAGAACCAAAUGAGUCUCAAAGACAAUGGUCUAAGCUUACGAAGGCCAUUGGAGAAAAGAAUAUGGAUGCCGCAACGGGUGCGAAGGUCUCCGUUGAAGAUGCUCAACGCGAACUAGCAAGGCGGAGAGAGGAGAAGAACGAAAAAUUCGUGCCCAGAUUCUUCGAAUUACGAGACGGCCUCUGGAAGGUCAAAUUCGAGCUUCCACCUACCCCUGAAGAACAAAUCGCAGCUGUAGAAGCCUGGAUAUGGCCAAAGGAAGUAGAGCCUUCCGCAUAA